AUGGAUGGCCUGGGCCUGGACUGCUUCUACUUCGUCUUACAUAAUUUGGAAUUCAAGAUAUUAAUGCCAAUGGUGUCAAGUGCGAAGGUGCAGAUUGUGAGGAUUAUGCAUGCCCUGGAACGUUGUCGCGCAGACAAGUGA